UUCGUUUUAAUUAGAUAAUAUGGCUACUGCAAAAAGUGAAGGUUAUACUACUUCCCGUCUCCCACCCCAUUCUUUCCUUAAUAGAUAAUGUUAUGAAAUUGUCAACAUUUAAGAAACUCCCAAAGGAAUUUUUCUUACACGUCAUACUAUAAGAGUUGGACAGUUUUUGUAUUUUUCAAUUUAAUAAACUGUUUAAUUUUACGUUAAAAUUUCCAUACCUUAAGGUGAAAACAAAAACCAUACAAGAUAAGCAGUAACCAAUGUUACUAAAGUAAACAUUCAUUCAGCAAAUAUUUAUUCAGCACCUUCUUCAUUCUAGGCAAUGGAUACAGUAGUGAACAAAACAAAAAUCUCUGCCCUUUUGGAGUACUAUCCUUAGGUGAAGAUGGAUGAAUAAGCAGGUAUACAAUAAACUUGUAGAAAUUUUUUUUUUUUUUGAGAUGUAAUCUCACUCUGUCAACCAGGCUGGAGUACAAUAUCACCUUCCCAGUCUCAAGUAAUCUUCCCACCUCAGCCUCCCAAGUACCUAGGACUACAGGCACAUGCCACCACACCUGGCUCAAUUUUUUGUAGAAAUGGGGGUUUGCCAUGUUGCCCAGGUUGGCUGGGGACUCCCAAGCUCAAGCAAUUUGCCCACUGGUUGUGAACUCCCAAGCUCAAGCAAUUUGCCCACUUCAGCCUCAUAAAGUGGUGGAAUUACAGGCAUGAGCCACUGUGCCUGGCAGGAAUAAAUUUUAUGGAAAAAUUCAAGCAAAGGUGAGGGAUUGAAGAGCUCCAAGGGUGAAGUAUUAUUACUUUAUAUGGGGUGGUUAAAGGACUCUUUGACACAGUGACACCUAAAGGAGGUGAGUCAUGAGGUUAUCUGGGGGAACAAUAUUCCAAAAAACUGCAUAUGCACAGGCUCCAAAGGGGGAAUAUAGUGUGCCUGAUGUGUUGUGAGACAAUGUGGGAUGUAAUUAUGCAAGGGGAAGAGUCCAUAGUGAGAUCCUGUGGGGCCCUGUAAAGAGUUUUACUGAGUGAAAUGGAAAAAACUUGAGAAAUGUUUUGAGCAGAACCACAUUGAUUACUACCUGGAGGGUGUUGGCAAGGAGACUAUUUAGGUGGGUAUCACAAUGUAACACAGUGAUUUACAUGGGAGUGGUAGUCUGGAUUUAUUUGGCAGGUAGAAAUGGUAAAAUUUGCUUAUGGAGUCAGGUUAUAAGAUAGAAGUCAAGGGUAAUCCCAAGGUUUUUCCCGAGUAAGUGAAAGAGUGGAAUUUGCCAUUUACUACAAUGAGAAAGAUUGCAGUUAAUUAGAAAAGACAGAAAAUAUUAUAUAUUUGGCUUGAGAUGUUUAUUAACUUAAGUGCAGGUGUUUUUUCUUAAAGUCUGUUUUCUUGGGAGAGGUCUUAGCCAGAGAUUAACAUUUGUGAAUCAUCAUUAUAGGUGAUAUUAAAGACAUCAGAGUGAAGAGGUUUAUGGACUGACCCAGCAAUACUAAUACAAUCCUGGAUCAUCAACUAUGAACCACAUAUACAAUGGUGAUCUGGUAGCAGAGCUGAAAAAUUCCUAUUGUCUAACAACGUUGUAGCUGUCACAACAUUCAAGCACAAGACAUUACCUUUUCUAUGUCUACAUACACAAAUACUUAGCAUUGUGUUACAAUUGCCUACAGUAUUCAGUACAGUAACAUGCUAUGCAGGUUGGUAGCCUAGAAGCAACAAAUGCAUUUUCAUCAUUAUGCAAACACCAUUUAGUGUACUUACACAAACCUAGAUGUAUAGCCUACUAUAGCCUAGGUGUACAGUCUACUGUACAAUUGUAGCCUAGGUGUAUAGUAGCCCAUACAUCUACGUUUGUGUAAGUACACUAGAAGAUAUUUGCAAAAUGCUGAAAUUGCCUAACAAGGUAUUUCUCAGAAGGUAUCACCAUCGAUGCAUGACUGUAUUUAGUUAUGGUAGUGAGGAACAGAUACCAGCAAAGGAUCUGGAAAAGGUGAAACCAUGAACCAAGACAAGAACCAGGAAGAGUGGUUUCUCAGAACCCAAAUAAAGCUUUUCAAAGCUCAAGAAGCGAUAAACCCGACCGACGCUGCUUCAUUCAAAAAGAAUGAAACUGUGGAUCAGCCACUGUAUUUGGUUGCAUGGCUAUUGCUGGCUUUCAUAGAAGCUGUUUUGGUGGAGUGGUAGGAUGGACAAAAGCGUGAGUACCCUAUUCAAGAGAAAAUGCAAGGUUGUCUCCCAAGAACUCUCAACAAGUUCCGCUGAAGAAAGAUUAGCUGAGGUGGAGGAGAUUGGAGAGGGGAAAAGAAAACAAAUUAAUUAGGGAAUUUUGGGGGAACUUAGUGGGCAGCAUUACGGGCAGCGCUAAGGAACCAUUUAAAGUAAGACAAGUCCACAUAGCUGUGUGCUUUUCUUCAGUCUUGUUCAACUGCUGCAUAACAGUAGAAUGUUGGAAGCAGGAAUUAGUUUUAAGGUAAGAUGGUAUUGACGAGACGACAAUAAAAUACCUCUACUACAGAGCACAGCAAUGUUCGGCCUGGUGGCUCACAGAAGCUGAGGCUCUUGAACGUCUGGGCACAGCAUGAAAGCAUCAAGCUUGAGAGACUGCAGGCCUUAACAAACUAGAAGUGCUAGGAGGAUGGUUCUAAACCAGGUCUUUUCUCACAGAGCAAGCACAGCAGUAGAGAUUUAUUUUAUCUUCAGAGUCUCGCUCUGUUGCUCAGGCUGGGGUGCAACGGCACGAUCUCGGCUCACUGCAACCUCCGCCUCCCGGGUUCAAGCGAUUCUCCUGCCUCAGCCUCCCAAGUAGCUGGGAUUACAGGCAUGCGCCACCACGUCCGGCUAACUUUUUGUAUUUUUAGUACAGACGGGGUUUCACCAUGUUGGCCAGCCUGGAAGCGAACUUCUGACCUCAGGUGAUCCACCCCCCACCCGGCCUCCCAAAGUGCUGGGAUUACAGGUGUGAGCCACCGCGCCCAGCCCAGUAGAGAUUUUUUUAAAGACUGUGGUAGGUUGAUAAAGGAGCCAUUGUGGCCUAGGAGCUUCGAGGUCUACAGACUGAACCCAGUUAGGGUAGGGCCCCUUUCCAAAUCCAGAAAUGGUAUCUAUUAAUAGAAGGUCUCCCUCCGGAUCCCAGGGGGAUGGACUACGGUUUUAGCGCCGGAACUUACAACCCGAAGUUCUGCUGCUUGUGACUGCCGGCCGGAGAGACUGGCAUGGUGGCGACCAGCUGGGGAGUGGUCCACCACCCCUUUUUUGGCCGCCUCUGAAGUCCCUGUGCCCCCAAGCUCCUGCGUUAGCGGCUCGGGCCGAAGCUCCGGAAUGUUUGCCGGGCGUCAUGGCGACGGUGGAGCCCUGACUCAACAAGCGGCCGCGCGGUUGGCUGGCGGCACGAGGCCGAGGAGGAGGGCGGAGGCGGAGGGGAGGGCAGAGGGUUGGUGGAGCUGGAGGAAGCUCCGGACGACGACUGGAAGAAGGAGGCGGGCGGCCCGGGCCUCAGGCCCCUCCCAGGCUCCGAGUCUCCCGGCUGCAGGCGGAUGGAUGGGGCUUCUUCAGGCGGUGGCGGCAGCAGCGAAGGUGGCGGCGGCAGCAGCGGCAGCGGCUGUAAGUGCAGCCUCUACAAGCCAUCUCUCCCCUUCUAUUCCAGUUUCGGAUGAGGGGCUCCUGAGGUGUCCUCAGUCCCCUUUCUCUCCUUCCCCUCCCCCACCGCAGUGUACCGCCCGGAAGACCCUUAACUUCCGGGGAGGGGCUGCCGCAGAACGCGCCUGGCUUGCUCGCCGCUGGCUGCCGAAGGCGCAUGCGCAGCUCCGUCCCCCAGGCCGCCGACUCCCUCCCAGCGCCGCCUUUUUGCCUUCGCGGUGGCGGCGCCGCGCUGGGAAUCCGCUGCGGAAUGGUGUGGUCGCUCGAUUCUCCCAGUGCCUGGCUGAGUUUCGGACGUGGUUAAGAACCAACUGGUUGAGGUUCAAUGCAGACAAGACGGAUGUGAUGCUGCCAUCUGUUGAAUCUUCAAGUCCAGGAGGUUCAGCAACAUCAGAUGACCAUGAAUUUGAUCCAUCAGCUGACAUGCUGGUUCAUGAUUUUGAUGAUGAACGAACAUUAGAAGAGGAAGAAAUGAUGGAAGGAGAAACAAACUUCAGCUCUGAAAUAGAAGAUCUUGCAAGGGAAGGCGACAUGCCAAUUCAUGAACUUCUCAGCCUUUAUGGUUAUGGUAGUACUGUUCGACUACCUGAAGAAGAUGAGGAAGAGGAAGAAGAGGAAGAAGAAGGUGAAGAUGAUGAAGAUGCUGAUAAUGAUGACAACAGUGGCUGUAGUGGGGAAAAUAAAGAGGAGAAUAUAAAGGAUUCAUCAGGUCAGGAGGAUGAAACUCAGUCUUCCAAUGAUGAUCCAUCACAAUCUGUUGCUUCUCAAGAUGCCCAGGAAAUAAUCCGCCCACGUCGAUGUAAAUAUUUUGAUACAAAUAGUGAAGUAGAAGAAGAAUCUGAAGAAGAUGAAGAUUAUAUUCCAUCAGAAGACUGGAAAAAGGAGAUUAUGGUGGGCUCCAUGUUUCAAGCAGAAAUUCCAGUUGGCAUUUGUAGAUACAAAGAAAAUGAAAAAGUAUAUGAAAAUGAUGAUCAGCUCCUGUGGGACCCUGAGUACUUACCAGAAGAUAAAGUGAUUAUAUUUCUUAAAGAUGCGUCUAGAAGAACAGGUGAUGAGAAGGGUGUAGAAGCAAUUCCUGAAGGAUCUCACAUAAAAGACAAUGAACAGGCUUUAUAUGAAUUGGUUAAAUGCAAUUUUGAUACAGAAGAAGCAUUGAGAAGAUUAAGAUUUAAUGUAAAAGCAGCUAGAGAGGAAUUAUCUGUUUGGACAGAGGAAGAGUGUAGAAAUUUUGAACAAGGGCUGAAGGCCUAUGGAAAGGAUUUUCAUUUGAUUCAGGCUAAUAAAGUCCGAACAAGGUCAGUUGGUGAAUGUGUAGCAUUCUAUUACAUGUGGAAAAAAUCUGAACGUUAUGAUUUCUUUGCUCAGCAAACACGAUUUGGAAAAAAGAAAUAUAAUCUUCAUCCUGGUGUAACGGAUUACAUGGAUCGUCUUCUAGAUGAAAGUGAAAGUGCUGCAUCUAGUCGAGCACCAUCCCCUCCCCCAACUGCAUCAAACAGUAGUAACAGCCAGUCUGAGAAAGAAGAUGGCGCUGUAAGCACUACUAAUCAAAAUGGAGUGUCAUCUAAUGGACCAGGUGAAAUAUUAAACAAAGAGGAAGUAAAAGUUGAAGGGUUACACAUUAAUGGACCAACAGGUGGAAAUAAGAAACCACUUCAUGCAGAUAUGGAUACUAAUGGUUAUGAAACAGAUAACCUUACCACUGACCCAAAACUUGCCCAUAUGACUGCAAGAAAUGAAAAUGAUUUUGAUGAAAAAAGUGAGAGACCUGCCAAAAGGCGAAGGGUGAACAGCAAUGGAAAAGAAAGUCCAGGUUCUUCUGAAUUUUUCCAAGAAGCAGUCUCACAUGGGAAAUUUGAAGAACUUGAAAACACAGAUGACUAAAUUUUAGACCUAUUUUACUUUCUUUGGAGUAAAUUCUGGUGUGACUAAAAUUUUCAGGGUUGAUGGGUUACCUUAAAAAGUUGAUUUCCUUGAAGCAGUUUGAAAAUUUGAAUUGAGUCUUAAUUUUAGGAAAUGAGGUUUCAUAAUUCUGCCUUUUGCAGAUUUUUUUACUUUAAAGCUGUCAGACUCUUUUAAGGGUAUUUUAAAAAUUAGUAAAUUUGAAUGAACUAAAGAUAUAUCUCUACCUUCUCAUUUGAGUAUCUUUAGUUCAUUCAAAUUUACUAAUUUUGGUAAAUUUGAAUGAACUAAAGAUAUAUCUGUACCUUCUCAUUUGAUGUAUUAAUCAUAAAAUUUCACUACAAGGUAAUUUUUGCUUAGUUUGAUGGAUGAAUGGGAAAAAACUCAAGUCCAAAUUUCUGCUUAAUACCAAUUUCUCUGCGUUUCUUGAAAUGUCUUUAAAACAGAGAUUUUUCUCACCAAACAGUUUGAGUAUCUUUAUUAAGGAAACCCUUACGAAUCCUGAAAAUUAUGCUAGCAUGAUUUUUUUAUAUAUAGAAGUUUAAAAAUAAACCAGGUCAGGUUUGUAUAUGUAAAAUUGUUGACAUCAAUGAUGUCUUUCCAUAUUCUUAUCUGGGCUUAAGAAAUACAUUCUGUAUUUUUCCAGAUUCUUUGUAGCCUUUGAAAGAUUUUUACAGUACAUAUGUCUUGACUGAGCUGUCCUUUCUUAAUACAAAAGCUUGUAUAAUUUUCUUAACUUGUACAGUUGGUAAACUUUUAUGAGAGGAAUUGUUAUUCUGAGUCUGUCAGCUUUCAUUUUAUUUUGCUAAGGUUUUUCUAAUGAAUUUUUAAGUGUUUGUGUAGUAGUUAAGUCGUAUUUCUUAUCCAGGUGGUAAAAGCAUUCAUAAAAGAUUAUAAAAUUUUUUUUUUUUUUUUUCAGAUUUCUACUUAAGGGCAAGUAAUUUGAGAAUUCUGAAAUUAAGCAUGAUGCUUAGAUUGCAGUUUGUUUUGCAUUUGCUAUAAUUUUCAAAAUUAUUUUUGAAGCAAGACAAAAGUUUAAUGUCAGCUUAAGUGCUUAAAUAUAUCAUGCUGACCAGAAUCCUGUUAUUUUUAUAUGCAUCAUAAAAUUUCCCAUUUCUGCAUUAUAUAAACAAAGGAGGGGGUCAAGUGAUACUUAGAUAUUGGCACACACAAGGAACAACUGUUGGCAGGCAGUAUCGAUUUUAUGAAGAGAAAGUGAAGUUUGAAAACUUUUCAAACUUUACUGUUUACAAUCCAAUUUUUCAGAUUUGAUAAUGCUUUUCCAAAGUGAAAAUAAGAUACACAAUAAUCAUUGCUCUGUGUGAUUACAGAUAGGAUUAUCCAUCUGCAUAGCCUUGUAAAAGUGCCAUUUUAUUUUUAGUGCUAAAUUCUUGUUAAAUAAUGUAGUUUUAUAUAGCUGAUAGACCAACCUAUAUCCAAACUUUUAUAAAAUAUUAAUUAUUCUUGUUUUUCUCACACAGGCAUACUCCAAAUGCUUCUUCCAGUUCAUUUUUCAGCCAUCAGUUCAAGAGCCAAUGCCUUUUUAAAGCUUCUGUCGUCUUAGUUUUUAAUGGCUCAACUGUCUGAUGCAAUUGAGUGAAGGUUUGCACUGAGAAAUUAGCGUUCAGGCCUUACCCCCAUGAAGUAUUACUGUUAACAUAUGUUCAGACUGCUUCCCUUCACCAAUGUGAACAACUUUUUUUCCCAAACAGUGUUAAAAGCCACUUUGCAACACUUGACUUCAUCUUAAUGGACAUUCACUGUUGUUACAUACAUAUCUAAGUAAAUCAAAGUUUUGGGUGGAAGUGUUGAGAAGUAUGAGUUUUUUGUUGUUUUUGUUUUGUUUUAGUUAAAACUUUUAAUUUAUCCAGAAUGGCAGUAGCUUUAGCAAGCAGAUGGUCACAAUCUGAUUUCUAAAUCAUUUUUUAUUAAAUGAAUCCAAAGUAUCCUAGCUCUUUGUCAAAGAUGGUCUAUAGAAAUGUUUUUAAAGAUGAGCGAUGCUGUCUGUACUUUUUGAAUUGUUGCAGUGUUGGAGAUGCCAUUUUCACCUUUUUAAAAAGAUGCAUUUUAUUUGCAGGUUUGUGAAGUUCUUGCAAACUCUUACUACAGAAACGUUUUAAGUAAAUUCUCAGGCAUGUUUGCAAAAAUAUGGCACAUGUAUACAUUUUAGGAAAUGUUACUUUUGUUAAUCUUUAAAAAAUACACCUAAUGAAAGACAUUCCACUAUUAUGCGUAAUGCUCAGCUUUUUGUAAAGAAAUAUUUAAUUGUAUUUUGUGUUUAUACAGGUAUUUCACACAAUAAUUUGUUCUUAAUGCAGCCAUUAUAACUUGAUAAGUCAUUGCACUAUUUAAAAAGUUUUAGUAAUAUCAUGAAUUUAAUUUGCUUAAGAUUUAGUACAUUUCAGAACUUUUGAACUUUUGACAAAUUGCAUUGGGAAAAGAAGUCUGUUAAUAGUGAUUUAGUCUCCCCGCCUCAUUCCCACCCCCAACAAAGCACUAUCAUUUUCAUUUGGAAUGGGUAUUUUCUGUUUCAUGAUGUACUUUUAAAUAGAGUUCAGGAUCUGCAAUUCAGUUCAACACAAGUUUGUUGAGCUUUAAAAUGUAUUUGAAGUAAUAUUUAAAUAGGCAUUUAAAAUUUCAAAUUAGAUGUUAAAUUUAUGCAUAGUAAUUUUGCACUGUAAAAUAAUCCCCUUCUCCCAUUCUUUGUCUGCCAUUCUGAAUAUGCUUAUUAAAAUAUUUUUUUAAACAUAUUUGCCUACAUAAUAGUGUGUGAAUAUUUUCAUUAGAUUAAUUCACUAAGAUUUUAUUAGAGAUUGUUUGAAUGAUGCAUGUUAUUGACAAUGCAAAUAUAUAUAUAUAUAUAUAUAUAUACACAGUCUGUUUCUUCUAUUCCUAGACAUAUUGCACUACUUUUUCAGUGGUUCUUGGUCCCCUUUACCGCAUCUUGGGUGAUGUAUUUUUGUCUUCUUCCCCUUCGCCACAAGAGAUCCUUUCAGUCCCUAGACCUCCAUUCACUCUGUUUCUCUUCUGCUGGAUUAUAUAAUUUAAAAAUAAUUUGUUCCCGUAUUUUGUAGUGGAGUUCACAUAACAUUAUGUUUUGCAAAAUAAAACUUGUUUUGUCACAAUA